UUCCAUUUCCAUUAUUAUUUGCGUCAUUGCUUCAUUUCCCCUCUCUCUCUCUCUCUACACUUGUUCUUCCUCGGCUCGCCUCUGUUGAGACUCGGUGGGGUUUGGCGUCUCAUAUGGCUUCACAGAUCUCCCAACUACGCCGGAAUUUCUUCGGAGUCUCGUCACGCAAGGUGAAUGAGGCUUGAGGAUUUGUCAACGAGGAGCAUAAGACACUGCACAACAAUUUCUGCAGCUUUCAUAAUAGGGUUUUAUCCAAGAAACGUCAUCAGAUAUAUUUUGUGAUCUAAGUUCUUCCUGAUCUUAUCCAGUGCCCCCGGUGUAGAUAUUGGAUAAAUAUGGACAGGAAGGACACAUCUGGGUUCGUUAGCGGGGGAUGUAGCUCAUUAGAAUUUCUUCUACCUUCCCUUUUCUAUUUUAAAAUAUAGAAAGCAUGUAGUAUAGGUUGCUCUGCUAGUUUAGUCUCCUCUCCCUCGGCACUUUAGUACUCAGCAACUCUAGAGAUGGAUCUCAACAAAAGUGGCGUGUUGUCCUGCAACGGUGAGCUCACAAAGAACGCUUACGGUGAUACCACUUUGCGUUUGGAGUGCUUUGGUUAUGGAAGCAUUGAUGCUGGAUUUGGGGGUGCUCGAUCUGAUCCAGGAGACAUGCUUUUUCCUUCCAAUGCCCCUGACGAUGGUUGCGGAUUGGUACUUGGAUUAGGUCCAACACCAAGUACAUAUUCUGGUGGUAAAUGCAAAAGUUUGGUCCCUAUCGUGCAUCAUGGUUUGUUCUCAGAAAGUGAUUCCACCCUAAAACUAGGCCUUUUUGGUGGGAAUGAGGAAGUUUCAGCCACAAUUGAGCAUUCAGUUUCCACACGGACUAAUCCAAAUCUACCUCAUCUCCGUAACCACGUAUCCAAAGAUGGAAAAAGACUUGGAAUUCCCAUUGUAGACGAGGGUUCUUCCUCAGCCAAGAAAUCAGGUGGAUAUAUGCCUUCCCUUCUUUUGGCUCCAAGAAUUGAUCCAACCAAAAAUCUCUUCCAAGCUCAAGAACUUCUAGAACCAAGGACCAAAUACAAUUUCAGUCCUUCCCAGCUAAGCUGUGAGCCUUCAGCCAUCACAGAAUACUCAAUCAGCACUUUCUCUGGGGUAUCAUCCGAUCGCAGAACCAGCAAUCCCAAGAAAUGCAAAUUUGAGGGGUGUUCAAAAGUGGCGCGAGGAGCAACAGGUCUUUGUAUUGGCCAUGGAGGCGGACAGAGGUGCCAGAAACCUGGGUGUAAUAAAGGUGCUGAGAGCAGAACCGCCUACUGUAAGGCUCAUGGAGGUGGUAAGAGGUGCCAGCGACUGGGUUGUACCAAAAGUGCAGAGGGUAGGACAGAAUUUUGCAUAGCACAUGGCGGUGGAAGGAGGUGUGGGCAUAAAGACGGGUGCACAAAGGCAGCACGGGGGAAAUCAGGACUUUGCAUUAAACAUGGUGGUGGGAAAAGGUGUAAAGUAGAAGGCUGCACAAGAAGUGCCGAAGGACAAAUUGGCCUUUGCAUUUCCCACGGUGGGGGCCGCCGCUGCCACUUCAUUGGUUGUACCAAGGGGGCUCAGGGGAGCACCGUGUAUUGUAAAGCACACGGUGGCGGAAAGCGGUGCGUGUUCGCUGGGUGCACCAAAGGUGCUGAAGGGAGCACACCGUUAUGCAAAGGACAUGGUGGAGGUAAGCGUUGCCUUCAUGAUGGUGGUGGGAUUUGCCCUAAGAGUGUACACGGAGGCACGAAUUUCUGCGUUGCCCACGGUGGUGGAAAGAGGUGUAGUAUCCCAGGGUGCGGUAAGAGUGCGCGGGGACGAACAGAUUGCUGUGUGAAGCACGGUGGAGGGAAGCGUUGUAAGGUUGAAAACUGUGGGAAGAGUGCCCAAGGUAGCACGGAAUUCUGUAAGGCCCACGGCGGGGGGAAACGGUGCAACUGGGGAGAUGGGAAAUGCGAAAAGUUUGCCAGAGGGAAGAGCGGACUUUGUGCUGCUCACUGCAGUUUGGUUCAAGAGAGGGAGGUGAACAAGGGAGGGAUGCUUGGGCCUGGACUCUUCCACGGUCUUGUCUCUUCGUCAUCAACUGGUGCGAGCAACUAUUCUUCCUCUGGAGCGAGCGUUGUCUCGGAUUCUAUCGACUCGACGGAGAAGCCGGCUAAAAAACAGUGUCUCAUGCCUCCUCAGGUAUUGGUUCCUCUGUCGAUGAUGUCCUCACUGCGUCACUCGAGUUCUGAUAAACAAGCGGAAGGAAGCAUUGGUAGCAGCGGCGACGCGAGAAAGGGUUUGGAUUUUGUGAUGACAGAAGGGAGGGUGCAUGGUGGGGGACUCAUGUCAUUUAUGGGUGGGAAUUUGAACAAUGCAAUUGAUGGGAUCUGAAGGUGUUUUGACCGAUGAUGCUGUGUGCCGGGGGGGUUUUUUGUUUUGGUAAAUUGUUGUUGAAUUUUCAAGGAUUUUGAAUUUGUGUAUAAAAAGUUUGUAAUGUGACUGUCUAUGUGUUUUUUGUGUGCAAGUUGUCUUGUGUGAUAAGCUUGUUGUGAACCCUAUUCCGGAAAUGUAAUUAUGCUCUUCAUCUUU